AAAAGUUCGGCCGUUGCGACAUGUCGCGGUCUUGGAAACCAUUUUAUACGAAAUAGGUCGCGACAACCAGUCGCGGACAUCGACCGCGACGACAGGUCGCGUCUAUUAAACCAUACCUUUACUAACGUUUCAUGAUGGAAUAAAAUGUUACUAACUUCCUACUGUACCUCAAAUAAAAUGGCUGACUGAUUUAAUUAUUGUCCUAUGCAGCCAUAGAGUAAUUACUCUAUGUAUGCAGCACAUGUAAUUUGUUAUCAGUGUCCAUUCUGUUUUAUUCUGUGGUAUAGACAGACUCCAUUUUUCGUAAGCUUAUCUCUUGUCGGCUUAUCAACGGGAAUACCGUUGGCGUUCUAUUCAGUGAUAAUAGUUGUAAUAAUGAUAGCCGUUGUCUGUUAUUCGUUCCAGUUACGUUGCGUACACGUAAUACGAUUAAUGUUUGUAGGUUUUCUCGUUGGAAUUCAUUUUUUAUAAUUUUCGUUAUUUCUUUUCACCUCCUCUCCUCUGUGUCCAUUAACUCUCCCCUCCGUCAUCCCGGAAAAAGGUACAUCUAGGAUAUCCCCCAGGAACACGGUGCAUUGUUGAAGGAUUCCGAGAUUGCUUCAACCAGAGGGUCUGAUUGGUGUGUGUUUAGCGAUCGUCUCGAUUACCGCCGGAUCCGAUGAGUGUAAACGAUGAAAAACGCAGCAGAAGAAGAAGUCAUCAAGGAACAGCCGGAUGAAAUUGCGCAACUGCCGUUCCAUCGGUACAAACGGUUCAAGAUGUUCGUGCGAGGUUUGGGCAAGGAGUUGUUGUUUGCAGUAUUUGUGACGUGCACGACGUACGCAACACUAAUUAAUAUACAAAAUGAUUAUGAAAUCAAAGGCCCAAAACCAAAACCAUUUUUUCGUGCAAAUUCAUGUGUUGAUGAUUUUUACACGGGCAAUCUCAAAACUGUUUUGGAAAAAACAUCAUUGACAGACUUAGCUAUAGUUAUGUUCUAUGCUCCAUGGGAUGCUGAUUCUAUUGACUCUCGAGAAGCAUUUAUCAAAGCAUGUGAAAUCAACAAGGAGGAAGUAUAUUUUGCUGCUAUCAACUGUUGGCAACCAGAAAGUGUAUGCAGCCAAGUGCUCAAAGGCAACAAAGUGUAUCCUAUGAUAGUGGCUUAUGAUUAUACCAAAGUUGGUAUAUAUUAUACAGGGCCUUCAAACAAUGCAGCAUAUAUAACUCGUUUUGUAGACACUAUGAAACGUCCUGUAAAACUGUUAAAUAGCAAACUGGAUUUAUUAAAAAUCCAUCAACAGUAUCAUAAUGUUUUAGUGGCAUCUGUUGAUUUUAAAAUCACUCAAGGUUGGGAGCUGUACAAAAUUGUUCUGGAUGCAGCAAUCAAUCAUUUAAAAACAGAUCCAUUACAGAUUUAUGUAAAGUGGUGUGUUGCUACUUGGCCAAUAAAUAGUAAAGAACCAUUGAUCAAAAUGUUCCAGUGGAAUCGCACUUUGGCAUUUAAUGAGUCGUUUGUCAACCAUGAAAAGCUUGAAAGAUGGGUAAUACAAGUGACCAAAUUAACCACUCAAUGGGUACCUCCUAUUGCACGCAGUAGAAAUACGUUACUAGACAAUACUUUUAAAAAUGGACCAACCAUGUUAUUAUUUACACCAUACAAUCCUUUUUUGGAUUUUAACCCAGUUUAUUCAAUGUUACAAUUAUUGAGCAUUGAAUAUUUCAACUGUCAAAAAAUAUCUGUCCCGGCAGGCUAUAUUAUGAAAUAUUUACGAAAGGAAAUUAAGUCAUUUUAUUACGAAAAUCCCAAAAAAGUUAAAAAAUGCCAUGGAAUAAUAUUAAACAAGUAUCCAGAUCGCAUGGUUGGUGUUUUAAAAAAACACAAUGUCACCAUAAAAACAAAAAAUGUCGAUGUAGACAUAAACACAGAUAUUAAUUAUUUUAAUGAUGCUUUGUGUAGAAUGUCUAAAAGUAUAUUAUUUAACCAUGAAAUAAGUUACUGUUCAAAAGAUGACAUGGAUGAGUCUAACAAGAAAAAAGUUAAGACUAACUUAUCAAAUCAUGUAAACACAGAAACCUUUAUUGAAAAUUGGAAAGAAACUGAAUGUUAUAGAGCUUUACUUGCUAAUAAUUAUUUUAAAUUUUCAAAACCAGACGAGGCUUACAUCUACAACACAACUGAUGCAUUAAGAUCAAAAUGUUUAGCAAACAAAACUAUGACAUUUUUAGCUUUGGAUUCUAACUAUCAUUAUCAUACUGCUAAAAUUUUUGGUAUAAACUUAGAUCACCAUCGGGAAAGAACAGCAGUAGUGAUAUACGAUAUGAAGUCUGAAAUGGUACACACAUUACCUAAAACUAGUCAUGUUACCAAAGACACAAUGGCAAAACUACUCAUAGACUUUUUAGAAACUAAAGCAAAGCGACAUUUAAGAUCUACAGCUGAUCUUGAUAUGAACUUUCACUUAUAUAAAGGAAAAAGUAAAGCCAAAGAGACAGUUAAUAUUCCUACAUUAAACUCGGAGAAUUUUAAAGAUACAGUUUUUAACAACACCGAAAAUGUUGUAGUAUACUUUUACACUCCAUUCUGUGCAUAUUGUCAAGUUGUUGCGCAUGUAUUGCUCAGUGUUGCUCGUUUAAUGCGCAAUGUUAAAGAUCUCAAAUUUUUUCGACUCAAUGGUAGCGAUAACGACUUAAGUUGGCAUUUGACUGUUCAAACAUAUCCCACAAUUAUUAUUUUUCCUGCCAAAAAAAAAGCUGAAAGUUAUGUAUUCCCACACAAUACUGAAUUAACAUUCAAUAAUUUGUCACGAUUUAUUCUGUCAAAUCUACUGCUGGAAACUCGGUUACAAGCCAUGGUUGGUUUAUGUACAGUAUGGGAUUCUUCAGAGGAUUAUAAUAAACAACUGCAUUAUUGUUUACGAGAUAUUAAACUUGACUGCGAUGCAAACAUAUCAAAAGCACUUCAAUCAUACCGCAGAGGGCUUGUUUACAGAGAACAAAACAAAAAUGUUACAUUGACACCCAUAUUCAACAAACUAAGGUAUUUGAAAGCUUUUAGUCUCGUAUUGGAUGUGACUCACAAACUAAAUGCCAAAACUAUACAACAUUUUUCUGAAAUUUAUAAAUCUUAUUUAUUUCAGUCUUAACUAAGGUAUAUAAACAUGUUGUAUAGACCAUUUAAAUAUUGUUAGUUUUAUUUUUUGAUCAUUGUUAAUUUAAAUAUUCAAAGGCACUUGUUACAUUCUAUA